AUUAAAACACACUCUCUCCUUCUAAUUUCCCUCUCUCUCUCGCCUUUGUCCCCCUCGCCCCCUCAAAACCCUAGAAAAAUCUUCUACAAAUCUCGUGUCUCGCUGCCGAUCAUUGUAAUCUAUCUCGCGAUGCCGGAGAUCGAGGGAUCGAGUAUUCAUCUCUCUCGUCUUCAGCUCCGAUCGCCGCUUUCGUUAGGGCGCUUGAGUGCUAGAUUCUCUGCUGCGCUUGAAAAUGAUAGGAUCUCGAGAAAGUCGUCGAAUGUAAAAGAAGUUUGUGAAGUUGAAUUUCUACGAGCAGUUCAACAAGGCCAUACAGCAGCAGUUAGCCAUAUGCUUCCACCUGUUACUAGCUCGAAAAGUAAGCACCACAAAAAACCAAAGGCUUCAAAGCGGAACGAAUUUCGGCAAGAACAUACUCAAUCUGUUGAUGGUUCUGCUUCUGCUGCCAACAAUUGUCGUUUUGAUAGUUCUCUUGGGUUGUUGACAAAGAAAUUUCUCAAUUUACUUCAACAAGCUGAGGAUGGAACCCUUGAUUUGAACAGAGCAGCAGAGAUUUUGGAUGUUCAAAAGAGGAGAAUAUAUGAUAUAACCAAUGUUCUUGAAGGCGUUGGAUUGAUUGAAAAGAAGUUGAAGAAUAUGAUUCGUUGGAAGGGAAAUGAUAUUUCAAGGCCAAAAGAGCUGAGUGAUCAAAUAGAUGGUUUAAAGGCUGAAGUUGAAACACUACAUACGGAUGAAUGCAGAGUAGAUGAGAUGAUAAGAGAGAUGCAGGAAACUCUGAGAACCAUGAGUGAAGAUGAAAGAAUUUCCAAACGACUCUUUGUCAUGGAGGAAGAUAUCAAUAAGCUUCCUUGCUUUGAGGAUGCUACUGUUAUUGCUAUAAAAGCUCCUUACGGAACUAGUGUUGAAGUUCCAGAUCCUGAUGAGAGUAUUGACCGUUCACAACGACACUUUCAACUGCUCUUAAGAAGCUCCUUGGGCCCCAUUAGCUGCUACCUAGUAAGAAAUCAUGGAGGGAGGGUUAAGGAUUCAAGCCCUUCACAACAGACUGCAGCAUUGAAUUUACCUAAUAAAGCUAAUCGCAACCAUUGUAGAGAUGAAACCUCAUUGCAACAGACAACGAACCGACAAGGAAGAGAUCAAACCAGCCCUGUCCUUUUGUCUGGUUCUUUCAGCUCACUAGACAGUUCAGGGGGUGUGUUGAAGAUUCUACCAUCAGAUGUUGAUAUUGAUGCUGAUUACUUUCUUCUAUCAGAGCCUACAGUCAGCGUUUCGGAAUCCUGGACUGCAUAUGUAGAAUGAUCAAAGAUGAAGGAGCUCCCAAUAAAAGCAUCAAUUUUGGGUUAGCCAGGUAAAAUUGAGUUGACAGCUGAAGACUUUUCCCUCGGCAUGAUCUCAGCAGCAGAACUCCCUCAGGUUCUGAAGAGUGUAAAAAGCGGGAAGCCAAAGGAAAAGCUAAAGGGACCUAUCAACAUGUUAAGAUCUGUAAAUUUGUAAACAUGAUAUAGUUUCUCCUUUUCAAAUUCUAGAGCCAUCAAAAUAAAAGGCCCUAUCGGCAGGAAAGUUUUCCAUUUUGCUAGCAGUGAGAGGCGAUAAAAAGAGGACUAGAGAAGAGAAACGGAGUGUCAUGAGCAGCAGUCGUGAGGCUUUAGUUUAUUUAUUUAGUCAAAUUUUCUGGUGCGGUUGUGAAAACUGCUGGAUGUUUGUGAUGUUUUCAUCAACAUCGAUGUUUUGCGAGCUAAAUUUAUGCCCAUUAUCUUAUCUUUGCUUGCA